GUCCGGUCCCGCUGCUGUCACUUGAGCAGACGCCCGCAGCACCCUUUCUCUCACUUGCUGUAGCCCCGGCUCGCGGGAACCUGUUUUCUGGCCCCGCUUGCCCGCUCCGGUUCUGUCGGGCUCCGAGUCUUCUGAAAUCUGACCCUCCCUGGGGUGCUCUGACCCGCAGAGAAGAAACCUUACUCUCUGAGGGCUCGGGGCCCCGGCCAUGCCACACCCGCGGCAGGGCCACUGGACCCACUCUCGUCCCUGCGCCCUUGGGCACUCUUUGAUACCACAGAUAUCUCUGUUCAACAGAACUCGCUGCAAAAAGGAAAAAACUUCUUCCUGCAGGUGCCCUGCCUCCCAGACACACAAGCAAACGACGACGACUGAAAGGAAAGCCCAAGAACCUAGGCUGCAGAACUAGGGGAAAGGAAGGAAAAAACAGGUUAAGGCUGCAGCUCAGGUGCUGGCCCUGCCACGACCACCUUAGGGAAUGCAGGCAGGCGACAGGUCACAGUCUCUGCUUGCUGCAGAUAUGCUUUCCAAACAGACUGCAACCCUGGAAGCGGCAUGGGGGCCAAGGAAUGUGCAGCUGGAUGGAGCAGAGUCCCAGAUGGAAAGAGGAAACCAGGGAGAGGGCCCAUGGGGAACAGCACCAGGGCCGCUGGAUCGCCUUCACUGUGACCCUGAAGAGCCACUCUCCCUUCAGGAGAAGGCUCAGUCUGCUCCCUGGGUUCCUGCAGUUCCCCAGGAGGGGAACACUGGAGACUGGGAAAUGGCAGCUGCACUUCUUGCAGCCGGAUCCCAGAAAAGGCAAGGUCAAGUGGAGGAAGGAGGCUGUGGUACAGUCUGCGAGAAAGGAUGAGGAGGGCCUGGUAACCAUCAAGGAUGUGUCCCUGUGCUUCUCUCAGGAGGAGUGGCGGAGCCUGGAUCCCUCUCAGACAGACUUUUAUGGAGAAUAUGUCAUGCAGGAAAACUGUGGGAUUGUUGUCUCUCUGAGGUUUCCAAUCCCCAAACUGGACAUGCUUUCUCAGCCAGGAGGAGAGGAACAGUGGGUCCCUGACCACCAGAACUUAGAAGGGAGAGACACCCUGAAGGUCAUGUAUACAGGAAAUGGAAGUGAGCAUGAGGGUGAGACCCCCGAGCUAGAGGCAGAACCUCCCAGAAUGUUAUCCAGUGUGUCUGAAGAUACUGUUCCCUGGAAUCCAGGGCAGGAUCAGAGCUGGGAGUCCAUGCCCAGGGGCUCCAGAGGAAUGCUCCUAAGCACACCCUUUCUUCAGGAAGACAGCUUCUCAAGCCUUCUAUGUAACACCGAGAUGGAUUCUCUCUUAAAACCCCAUACGUGCCCUCAGUGCGGGAAACAGUUUGUGUGGGGCUCCCACCUCGCCAGGCAUCAGCAAACACACACCGGGGAGAGGCCCUACAGUUGCCUCAAGUGUGAGAAAAGCUUUGGGAGAAGGCACCACCUGAUCAGGCACCAGAAAACCCAUCUGCAUGAUAAGCCAAACAGGUGUUCCGAGUGUGGCAAGAAUUUUCGAUGCAACUCCCAUCUGGCCAGCCACCAGCGAGUGCACGUGGAAAGCAAGUCCUCCAAGUGCCAAGAGACGGGAGAGAGUCCUGGGGCUCAGAAACAGCAGCAUGCCCCACCUGUGCCAAAGAGCCACGUGUGCACUGAAUGUGGGAAGAGCUUUGGCCGCAGGCACCACCUCGUGAGACACUGGCUGACCCAUACCGGGGAGAAGCCCUUCCAUUGCCCUCGCUGCGAGAAGAGCUUUGGCCGCAAGCACCACCUGGACAGGCACCUGCUGACCCACCAGGGACAGAGUCCCGGGAGCAGCUGGGACAGAGGGACAUCUGUCUUUUGAAAUCUGUCUCUUCCGUAGCUAUGAUCAACUCUCUCAACCGGUGCUACCAGCAGCCACUGCCAGAAUCGCCCUCUCCUAUACCCUGAUGGCCAGAGCAUUUCUCACCGGUUCAUAUGAAAACGGAGUUGUUUAGGCAAAAUUUUGGGAAACAGUGCACAGUAUGUGUAUGAUUAUUCAACUUGAACCCACUGUCAAGGGUACAGUGAAAUCAGGAGUGAUGGAUGAGGUCCAUUCUCAGUGGUUGGAGUCUACAUUGUAUCACCCUUGUGUGCUAAUAUAUUCCCUCUCUCCAGAGAGGGAAAGUGAAAGGGGCCAUGUCCGUAUAUUAAGGGCUCUGAGAACUGCUAUAGUCAACUGCUUAGUGUCUAUUAAUGCAGUGUUUCCUAAAUUGAUUUGACUUCGGUAUCUAUUUCAUAUCCCCACAGAACUAGUGACUCUGGGAAACAUACUUGUAUGAGCACUGGGUUAAAAGGCAACACGGAGACAAGAAAAAGACAGUGACCAGGCACUCAGAGUCGUUUUUUAUCUGUGGAAGCAAGGGGGCCAGACAUUGUUGUGUGGGUCUGCCAUCCUUCCCCAUUCAUUACGUGCCUCUCACCUCUACCUCUGAAAAUAGUGACAUUUCACUCCCUAUUCCUAUACCCCUCAUUCUACACACACACACACACACACACACACACACACACACACACACACACACACACGGCUGAGAGAUCAGGUUACAAAGUUAAAGGAUGGACCUUACACCCCAAGUAAUCCAGGCCCACACUGAAGAAACAACUGAACCCUUGAACAGAGCCUUCUCUUUGUGUGUUUUGGUGUCUGUGUGUAUAUGUGUGCGGGAUCUUUUGAAGAGAGCAUGCUCAGUGCAAACUGUACAAGCUAGGUUUUCUAGGAAUCGUGUUUUAGGGAUAAGACUAGUUGGGAUGGUAUGAGUCUUUGCUUUUGUUUAAAGGUAUUCUGAGUGGUAAAGGGAGUCGUGGUGGAAUGGAGCAAUGAUGGCUUAAGUUGUGUACAAAGUUUUCCCCAGUAUUCCCAGGAAGUAGACAGUUGUGGAUUUGUGUGUCUAGGUCUGAAUCUCUGUGAUGAAAACUAUUUUUCCCACAGAGAUGGAAAGAGACACAGUGUCUUCUGUUGAUGUCACAAGGUGAUGGCGGUUCGUGCUGAGUGCCGUUUUGUCUUGUUUUAAGUGAUUCUAGAAAAUCAGGACAGGAACCGCAGCACUGGAAGUUACUCCCACCACUCUUGUUUGACUUUCAUAGCUUCAUUAAAGGGAAGAACUGUGGUUGAGCAUCUCAUUCUCCCAGGAAAAGGAACGUUAGGGGGAAAGGCAGUGGCUUAGCUUGACAGCUGAUGAAGGCGAUGGGCUUCCUAAGAGUGUCCUCCCGUUCCACCGAGACCCUUGAAUCUAAGGUCAGCUGCCUGCACUCGGGCUCCUGCAGAUGUCCUCGGGUCUGCUGGUUCGUAAAGUUGGCCACCAUUUUCUUUUUGGUGGUUGUAUUCAUCUUACAGUCUUACCAAUCUUACAACGUGAAACUUAACUUCUAUAUAAGAGAAGUUUGGAAUCAAGGAGAAAAAAGAGAAAAGAACAUAAAAGUGGAUAUUUUCUCUUCACGGCUUACAUGCUGUUUUUAUUUUUGUUUUGUUUUGUUUUUGCCCCCGAGGUACUCGUUUCUGGAACACAGUUGGAAUUAGCCAGAGAAGCAGGAGGAAGUGCUUUGCAGCAAUCUAGUUAAUGAGGGUUCUGCUCAGGGAGAACUGGGUGAAUCAGAGCUCUUGGGCUCUGGGCUCAAGAGGAACUGAAAGAGUCAUUUUGCUGACUGGGCAUUUUAUUUACUUGAACAUCCCCGGCCCCUAACUCCCUCCUGCUGCUGAGAAUAGCCUUCCUUCUUGAACUGGAAGGCACUUCCCUGGCUUAUGUUCUCAUGGAUCAAGCAAAACUGGGCAGCCCUUUGUGAACAGGCCUUACCCUAGGUCCUGGGAAUGGGAUCAGUUUAGGGUCAGUGUUAAGAGAAUGAGAAAAAAACCUCCCACUUGAAUACAAAUAUUUAAAAUAAGUCGGUUCUGCAUAAGGGCCUCUGUAACAGAACGUGUUCUGGACUGCAGAUCCAGUGAGAAUCAGAUGGAAACCAGAAUUUACUUUGCAGAAAAGUAGACAUUUGCAAUGCACUAAUUUGCAUAUGCAUUAAGUGGACUCAGUUCUGCUCAUGGAAUCUCCAUAAUGGAGCCAAAGAAAGCCAGAAAGCUCAUUGUGGCGGCUCACACCUGUAACUCCAGUGCUUAGGAAGCAGAGGCAGAUGGAUCUCUUAAGUUCUGGGUCAGCCAAGGCUAUGUAAUGAGAUCCAGUCUAUUUUUUUUAAAGGAAUUUAUUUCUGCCUGACUCGUGAUUGUUGUAUGGAUACCUGUGUCAAGAAUUACAAGAUUCAAGAACUACUUUAAGGACUACAAUACUGCAUGAAGAGAUGAGGACAGAGCGGGUCUAUAAUGGCCGGCUCUGCCUUCACUGGCCUCUGUUCUUAGGGAAUGCCGGUGUGCUCACAUCUCAGCUUGCACAGCUGUAAGGACGCGUGGAAGUCACCUUCUGUCCCGUCACGUUAUGCCUUUGAUAACUGCGUUGAGCCUCCAGCCUUUUCUCUAUCUUAGUCAUUGCAGGGAUGGAAAGUGGAGUCCCCGGAGUGUAGGUGCAGUUCCAGCACCCGCUGAAAGGUAAUAUGCAGUGCUAGGGCUUUGUGCAAAUGGACAGUCCUUUGGCUCAUUUCUGAUGUAUCUAUCAUCUUUUCUACCUCGGUCCAAUACCACCUCCUCUGGACAAAUAAUAAAACAAGCAACAGCUAUUAAA